UCGGGAAGGGGAGGUUUCUCCGCCUCCGCCCCGCUGUUGGUGGAACCGAGAAGCCGCAGAUCCGAAGCGGGGUGAGUUCCCCUUUCUUCCGUGUUUCGAAAGCGAGAGUCUCUGGGCCUCCCGUGCUGAGUGCAGCCAAGGCACUCGCCUGUGAAGUAAGAAGCAGGAGACCCCGCCGCCUUCAUCCACACACAGAGGCAGCGAGCGACAUGCCUCGAGAGUAACAGCGUCAGGAGCCCUCGGUGGCGCAGUGUGCCAGCAGGACUGAUGACUUGAAGGUUGGGUUGCUGAAGGUUGCCAGCUUGAAUCCAACUCAGGGAGAGUGCGGAUUAGCUCCCUCUAUCAGCUCCAAUUUCAUGCGGGGACAUGACAGAAGCCUCCCACAAGGAUGGACUGCCAAAGGACAUGCUUCAUAUUCUGGUUCUCUCCUUAACCUUCCUCCACAAUCUUGUUGACGGGAGUAUUUCCUGCUAUGACGACUCUGGAAAGCCUGUGGACUGGUUUAUCGUCUACAAGUUACCCCAGCCUCACCAUAGAUCCCCAGCGGGGGGCAUGCAAUACAUGUAUCAAGAUGAAAAUACCCAGGGGUGGGUACAAGGCAGAAGUCUGAUGAACAAUACCAAGGGAGCUGUGGGUCGGACCCUCCAACAACUAUACACAGUGGCAAUACGGAGGCAGGAAGAAACUGCCUAUGUCCUUUACAAUGAUGCUCCUCCCAAAACCCAUUCUUCCACCCUCAAGGGCCAUACAAAAGGUGCCAUCCUUCUGGAUCAGAACCAGGGUUUCUGGCUUCUUCAUAGCACUCCUCACUUCCCUCCAAGUCUAGCUGAAAAGGAGUAUGCCUGGCCCCACAGUGCACUGCUCUAUGGGCAGACCUUCCUGUGUGUUACCUACUCUUAUGACCAGUUCAAAGAGAUAGGGAAACAGCUUCUCUUCACUGAACCCCAUGUUUAUGAUUGUCGUGUGGAAGGCACUUUUGCCCAGGAUCUGCCAGCCUUGCUGAAUGCAUCGGAGGGGCGGCAUGUUCAGAAAGAGCCAUGGAAUUCUAGUGCCCCACUGACAUCACUGGGGGGCAAAGAAUUUGUCAGCUUUGCGAAAUUUCGUUUCUUUGGUGAUGAUUUGUACUCUGGCUGGCUGGCCCAAGCUCUUGCCAGUGACCUCUAUGUUGAGUUCUGGCACAGGUCUACAGGGAUCCUGCCUUCCAACUGUUCUGGAAACUUCAGGGUCUACAAUGUGGAGGAAGUGGCCUUCCAGGAGCCAGCCACAAGUUUUCCCUCCAUGUCAGACCAUUCCAAGUGGUGUGUGGGGACGGAGAGCGAUCCUGGCUGGGCCUGUGUUGGGGACAUGAACCGCAAUUGUGCAGAGGAAUACCGUGGAGGUGGCAUCAUCUGCUGUCGUGAUCCAGCUGUCUGGAAAGCCUUCUAUUCCUUGGUACAGAAUUAUACUGACUGCGAUGGUGCAGGUGCCAUUCAGUCUAUUAGAGGAAUGGAGCUGGAAAAGGGAAACAGAGACUAGCUGAAGAGGUGAUGCACAAGUAUCUCCUACAAUCCAGUUUACUUUUCUACUAUUUUAUUCCCCUAAACAAUUUUGCCGGGGGGAAAAACCUUUGAUUUGAAAGCUGUUCAAUAGUGGAAUACAAUGCCUAGGAGUGUGGUGGAGUCUCCUUCUAUAGAGCUUCUUAAAACAGAGGCUGGAUGACCAUCUGUUGGGAGUGCUUUGGUGCCAACUCCAUGGCAAAGUGGAGUUGGACUGCACAGAACUUGAGAUGUCUUCCAACUCUAUGGUUCUAUUUCAGGGAUCAGCUUAUCUUGAUCUUCCAGGUAAAACCCCUUACUUUGUGUUUCGUGCUUCAGCUCUCCACAAACCAUGCUGCCUUUUGUUAAGCAACAGUACUACCAAGAUGGGGGUAGUACUUCCAGAGAAACCCAUAUUUUCUCUGGGUUUGCUUAUUUUGUAUAAAUCUGUUUCCACUGCCAAAUGUUCAAGUAUGGAUUUUUAUAGAUUCUGUGAAUACAUAUCAGUGCAACAGA